CGUCUCUUCAUAAAAAGGGUAACUUAAGUCAACAAAUUACGCGUGGUUUUUCGCAAUUCUAUACUCAAUCCGUUCGUACAGAUAUAGGCAGGAUUUAUCUUUGCGCGAGAAUAAUUAUUUAGUGAAACAUGGUGCUGUCGUGUCGAUUUUACAAGGAAAAGUAUCCGGAGGUGGAGGAUGUGGUGAUGGUGAAUGUACGCAGUAUAGCCGAGAUGGGCGCGUACGUGCACUUGUUGGAGUACAACAACAUCGAAGGCAUGAUCCUGCUCUCUGAACUCUCCAGGAGACGUAUUAGGUCUAUUAACAAACUUAUCCGAGUAGGCAAAACCGAGCCGGUCGUUGUUAUUCGUGUGGACAAGGAGAAAGGUUACAUCGAUCUGAGCAAGCGUCGCGUGUCCGCCGAGGAUGUAGAGAAGUGUACCGAGAGAUACGCCAAGGCUAAAGCUGUCAAUUCAAUUUUAAGACACGUGGCAGAACUUUUGCACUAUGACAAUGAUGAUCAGCUGGAGGAACUCUAUCAGAAAACGGCCUGGCACUUUGAGGAAAAGUACAAGAAGCAGAAGGCGUCGGCUUAUGAUUUUUUCAAACAAUCAGUAUUGGAUCCCUCCAUUUUAGCCGAAUGCGGUCUGGAUGAAAACACGAAGGAGGUGUUACUGAAUAACAUCAAGCGAAAACUCACCUCGCAAGCGGUGAAAAUUAGAGCGGACGUGGAAGUAGCGUGUUACGGCUACGAAGGAAUCGACGCUGUGAAGACCGCGCUGAAGGCUGGCUUAGCUCUUUCCACCGACGAACUUCCCAUAAAAAUUAAUUUAAUUGCUCCUCCGUUAUACGUCAUGACGACGUCCACCCCGGAAAAAAGUGACGGCUUAAAGGCGUUAGGCGACGCCAUCGAAGUCAUACAGAGUAAAAUAACGUCGCUUGGUGGUGUAUUCAAUGUUCAAAUGGCACCGAAAGUCGUUACCGCGACGGACGAGGCGGAAUUGGCGCGGCAGAUGGAACGAGCGGAACUCGAAAAUGCGGAGGUUGCCGGUGACGACGAGGAUGAGCUGGAAGGAAUGGAGGGUGAUUUUAGUGGUGGUGAAAGUACCGAACGGAACAGCAAAGGUAUUGAACAGAAUGGCAAAGCGAUCGACGAGGACGACAAAGAAGAUCUGUCCGAGGAAGAAAAUUGAAGAUAUAUAUAUAUAUAUACAUUUACAUAUAUAUAGAUAUAAAUAUAUAUAUAAAUAUAUAUAUAUUUGUGAAAAUAAUAAAGUACACAUUCGAUUAACCGACAGAUAUUUGCAUGUGUUUCUCAAUUGCAGGUAGAAUUGAAUAAAAUAUUCUACUGUCUUGCUGGACAUGCCAGCAUGAUGUUUCAAUAAAUACGAACAUGAAAGGUGUAAAAAAUUAAUUAUUGUAAUUUAUAUGGAAACGAGAUUUUUUACUGACUUGGUAUACAAUAAACGAUCUGAAGGCA